GGGACAUUUGGAUAACCUCUUUUGGCGGCACAGUUGUAUUAAGUUUUCUUGAAAAUGCCUAACACGAAGGGAGAUGCCAUGCGAGGUUUAGCCGUUUUUAUCUCUGAUAUCCGAAACUGUAAAAGUAAAGAAAGCGAAAUACGCCGCGUCAAUAAAGAACUCGCAAAUAUUAGAUCAAAAUUUAGGGGUGAUAAAACACUUGAUGGUUAUCAGAAAAAGAAAUAUGUCUGCAAAUUGCUCUUCAUAUUUCUUUUGGGGCACGAUAUUGAUUUCGGACACACUGAGGCAGUCAAUCUGCUUUGCUCAAACCGAUAUACAGAAAAGCAAAUAGGAUAUUUAUUCAUAUCUGUACUCAUCAAUGAAUCACACCCACUCAUGAAUUUGGUUAUUUCACGUCUUAAGGAUGACCUGAAUAGCCGGAAUCCUGUGUUUAUGAAUCUUGCAUUGCAAUGCAUCGCCAAUAUAGGGAGUCGUGAAAUGGCUGAAAAUUUUGCAGACAAGAUCCCUAAAUUACUUGUAUCAGGUGAUACAAUUGACUCCAUCAAACAAAAUGCUGCUCUUUGUCUUCUGAAGUUGAUUAGGGUUGCUCCUGAACUGAUUACGUAUGAUGAUUGGACUGUUAGGGCCAUGCAUCUACUUAAUGAUCAACAUUUGGGUGUUGUGACAUCGGCCGUUAGUCUGAUCGAUGCUUUGGUGAAAAGAAGUCCAGAAGAACACAAAGGAUGUGUAUCUCUUGCUGUUUCACGCCUUAGCAGAUUAAUAACAUCUUCUUAUACUGACCUACAAGAUUAUACCUACUACUUUGUUACUGCUCCGUGGUUAUCUGUCAAGUUACUACGUCUACUUCAGAACUACCCACAACCAGAGGAUACUACGGUUCGUGCUAGACUUGCUGAGUGCCUCGAUACUAUUUUGAAGAAAGUUCAAGAAGCUCCAAAAUCAAAGAAAGUACAACAUCCAAAUGCUAAAAAUGCUGUUCUUUUUGAAGCUAUCAAUCUUAUAAUCCAUAUGGAUUCUGAUCCCAAAUUGCUUGUCCGUGCUUGUAAUCAGUUAGGACAGUUCCUACAACACAAGGAGACCAAUCUACGUUACUUAGCUCUUGAAUCAUUAUGCUUGUUGGCUACGAGUGAAUUCAGUCACGAGGCAGUCAAGAAACAUCAGGAAACUAUUGUAAAUGCACUUAAAAGUGAACGGGAUGUUUCAGUUCGUCAAAGAGCUGUGGAUCUCUUAUAUGCUAUGUGCGAUCGAACUAAUGCUCAAGCUAUUGUAGGGGAGAUGCUCAGCUAUUUGGAAGUAGCGGAUUAUGCUAUCCGUGAGGAGAUGGUUUUAAAGGUUGCUAUCUUGGCGGAAAAAUACGCAACUGACUAUUCUUGGUAUGUGGAUACUAUACUGAACUUAAUAAGAGUUGCUGGUGAUUAUGUUAGUGAUGAAGUUUGGCAUCGUGUCAUCCAGAUUGUUAUAAAUCGUGAAGACGUACAAGGAUAUGCGGCAAAGACAGUGUUUGAGGCGCUUCAAGCUCCUGCAUGUCAUGAAAAUAUGGUUAAAGUUGGAGGAUAUAUUUUGGGUGAAUUUGGCAAUCUGAUUGCAGGGGACCCAAGAUCAGCACCUAAAGUACAAUUCAAUUUAUUGCAUAGUAAAUUUCAUUUAUGUACUCCAACUACACGUCAACUAUUGUUGUCCACGUAUAUGAAGUUUAUCAAUUUGUUUCCAGAAAUUAAGUCCGAUAUACAGUCUGUACUACAAAAUGACAGUAAUUUACGCAGUUCCAAUGUAGAAAUACAGCAACGAGCUACUGAAUAUUUAGCGCUAUCGCGAAUCGCCACUGAUGACGUAUUGGCUACUGUUCUAGAAGAAAUGCCACCUUUCCCAGAGCGUCAUUCCAGUAUUUUAGCUAAACUUAAGGCUAAAAAUCCUAAUACUGAUGGUACAAUAUCAAAAUCGGAAGCUGUUGGGGAAAGUUAUGCUUUGAAUUCAACCAAAAUCGAUCAUGAUAGUAAUCACGAUGUUAAUCGUGAAGCAGAUUUACUCAAUUUCGGCAAUCCUGGUACUGUAUACAAUGAGGUCCAGUCAAAACCAAACGGAUCAUCUAGUCUAUUAGUUGAUAUAAUGGGUAAUGGUUUGGCUUCUCCAUAUAUGAACAAUUUACUUCAUGCCAGUGGUGAUCAAUACAUAAAUCAUAAAGAAUUCACAAACUUUUUGACAAGGCAUAAUGCAAUAUUAUAUGAGAAUUCUCUUAUUCGUAUUGGUAUUCGAAUGGAAUCUUGUGGUCAGUUUUGUCGUUUAGGUGUAUUCUACGGGAACAAAUCUCCUCAUCCAUUCACAGUGUUUUGUUCUCAAGUCACUUGUCCAGAUGCAAUGGAUGUGAACGAAUUGGCUAAAGCUAUUUCCAUUGAACUUCAACCUGGUCCUGAUCGAAUUGAAGCAGGGACACAAGUUCAACAAACAUUAAAUGUUGAAUGUUUACGUCCUUUUACUGAAAUAGUAAAACUUGAUGUUUCUUACUUAUGUGAAGACUCGAAACAACGUUAUGCUCUUAUGCUUCCAGUAACAUUAAAUAAAUUCCUUCAACCUGCAGAGAUGGAUCAAGCAACAUUUUUCUCUCGGUGGAAAUUACUGUCUCAACCUGGACGAGAAUGUCAAAAAAUUAAUCCUCCACUGUUCUCAUUAGAAACAUCUUUUCUACGAACUACUACUAAAAACUUUGGAUUUGGUUUAUUGGAUGGAAUUGAUCCUAAUCCAAAUAAUGUUGUUGGUGCAGGUAUUGUUGUAACUAGUAGUCAACAAGUCGGUGUACUACUUCGAUUGGAACCAAAUACACAAAUAAAGAUGUAUUGCCUUACUAUUCGCAGUACAAGAGAAAUUGUCUCAUCUCAUUUAGCCAAACUCAUUGAACAAUUGAUCUAAAUUGAAUAUUUUUGUCAUCAUUGUUACUAUUGUUGUUUAUAUUCAAUUAAUACUCUGAUCAAUUUUAAUGUGUCUAUGAUGGACCAAUCCAAUGGAACAUUCUUUAUAAUUUAUAUUGCAAUGUGGUUUCAUCUUGGCAAAAAAAAAAUAGAUUUAUAACAUUAAUAAUGUUGAUGACGAUAAGCAAUGAGAAUUCUUUAUCAUUCCCAUUAUAUAUAUAUAUCGUUGUUAUUAAUGUCGUUGCCGUUGUUGUUUUCUCUUUUGAUAAAACUUUUAAAAGCAUAAGGCAAAUAUGUUUUCUACUUUGUCCUUAGAAUAAAAAAAUCUCUCGCUAGUUUUACAUGCACAUGUGUAUGUGCAUUCCUGAUUGAAUUGUAUUUAAUUUACUCAUUUCUGUUUUAUGCUGGGUUUUCUUUCAUCUUUCUCUCUAUGCCUAUCCCUCUUCUGUACUGUUUGAUUAUUUAGUUUAACUUAUACCUACCUGUCUACUUAAUUACUUGUAGAAUAUUAUUUGUUAGUUAGUUUUCAAUCUGUUUAUGAUUAUUUUAGUCAUUACUUGUUUAUUAUUUCAUGGUAUUCUAUGAUAAUAGUAAUAAUAACAAUGUUCUGUUUUGCGUGUUCGCCAUAUUAUGACAUUUAGUCAUCAUAAUCAUAAUCGUUAUCACCUAAUUUCAAUGAGGAUUAUUUUUUGUUACCAUCUACUGAUCAUUUAUAUUCAUUCAGUCACUGAUACACGUGUUAAUUGGCUUCACCAAAUUCAUUAAUCAAUCACUCCACAUUCAUUGUGAUUUAUUUUGCAUUUCUAUAAAUACAAAGUUAGACAAUUAAUUUUUUUUUAAAACAAAAAUUAUAAUUAUUUCCAAUUGUUUGCUCUAUUAUAAUUGUCAUCGUUUCACUACACUGAUGUUGAUGAUAAUUAUUAUUAUUAUUACUAUUAUUAUUAUUAUGGAAAUUAUCAAACAAUGUGAUUCUUUUUUUUCCCUCCUUAUUUAUCUUUGUUACUGUUGCUUUUAUGUUAGGAUCCGAAAGUGUUAUAGCAUAUUAUUUAUUGUUCGUGAUUUAUAUAUAUAUAUAUAUAUAUAUAUAUAUAUAUAUAUAUAUAUAUAUAUAUAUAUCAAGUUUCACCUAGAAUUACGGUUUUUGUUUUGGAAUCAUUAAAACUGUUGUCAAUGCUGUGUAUGGAAAAAUGAGUAGAUGGGUGCGUAUAAUGUAUGUUUGUUCGUCCAAUUGUUGAUUAUUAGUUCAUUUUCAUGGCUUUUGUUUUUACUCAAUAAAAAUAUUCACUGUGUAGUUGGGAUUAACGUGGUUGUUACGUCGCUGAUUGAUCAUAAUACAUAUUCUUAGUAUGUUUGUUUCAGUUACUGACAUUGAAACGUCAACAAGCAUAAUCGUCCAGAUGAUAUUGUCGAAACUAACGGAAAUCAGUAUUAGAAAACAAGUAUUGGUUUAAUGUGUUUAGAAGAUAAGAAGUAGAUAUGUUUAUAUUUUUUCAUGGCUCAUGAUUUAAUGAAUUAUUUUAUGCUUUAUUCCAAAUUUGUUUCCGUACAUGUCAGGCCACCAUCAAUUUAUUAUAAUCAACGUAGAGUCUACUGAAAAUUUGUAUUAGUUUAAGUUUUCAUACUGAAGCACGACUAAAUGAAAAUCGGUAGGAAGGGAAUAAUAGUGGUAACAGUGGUGAUAAAAAACUAAUCAUUGAAAAUAUGGUUCCUAAAGAUUGACGGAAUACUGGAAGUUAAGUUCUAGAAUAAGAUAGGUGCGCUUGUUCUGUUGUAAUCGAUUCUGAGCCAUGCCACCCGACGUAUUCAACCACUGAUUGCGGUUAUCCGGGCGACCCUAACUAAGCAUUUUGAAACUACUAAGGUCUGUAAUUUUAUGAAUUGACCACACUACUAUAUAGUUGAUAAGGAAAUUUUCAUACCAUUUCAGUUAUAUAGAUAUUCACAUCGUCGUAGGCUGAAUUAGUUUCUCGAAUUAUUUGCGUAACUGUUGUCAGUUGUUAUUGCGUUUAAAAAGGUAUUGCAGUUUUCACAGCAUCAUGGUAAGUCACUGGUAGUUGUUAUGGUUUUUUAAGAAUCCGAAUUCAGUAUAUUUAACUGUCAGAAAGUUUGUGACAUAAGCUUGCGCUAUAUUGCUUCUACAAAUUCAAACUCAUGAAAUUACACACAAUCAAACACUCAAUGCUUAAUUCGGAAUUUAUAUUUUAAUUCUUUUUAAAACAAGACAAUCCAAUAUUGAGAUUGAAAAUUGUCUUCCAUUGACCUAUACUUUUGUUUUAGAGACAAGUUAAUAAUUGGCAUUCAAUUCCUGUAGAUCCACAGGAUUUCAAUUUGUUUUCGACUUUAAAUAGUGGUCAAGCUUUCCGCUGGAUUUUUAAUUCAACCCUGAAUGAAUGGCAUGGAGUAAUAAAUGGUCACUUAUGGAGAUUACGUCAAAUGGAGGAUUCUAACCCAGUUGAAUAUUAUUUUGAGAAAAAUUUGGGUAUAAAAUUAAACGAUGUUCCUUUUGAUUUACGUGAUUACUUUAGACUGGAUAUGAAUUUAUCUGAUCUUGUGAAGGAAUGGUCUUUGAAGGAUGAAUGGUUUGAGAAUCGUUUCUCUAAAAAUUGUCAAACGGAUACAGCUCGUGGUUUACGCUUAUUAAGACAAGAUCCAGAAGAAACAUUAUUCUCUUUCAUUACAUCAGCUAAUAAUAAUUUAACAAGAAUUACUAAAUUACUCUGUAAAUUGUGUAGUGAAUAUGGUAAUCCAUUGUACUUGGGAAAUGGUGAUCUAAGGCAUUGGACAUUUCCAUCACUUGAAAUACUUGCACAACCUGGAAUGCAGGAUAAUUUGAAAAAAAUUGGUUUUGGUUAUCGUUCCAAGUUUAUUACGCUUGCUGCUAACUGGCUUUUGAAAAAUGGAGGUCGGUCUCGUCUACUUGAACUUCGUUCCAUGUCCCAUUUUGAAGCUCAGGCAUUUCUGCUUCAAAUACCUGGAAUCGGGAAGAAGGUUGCAGAUUGUAUAUGUCUUAUGUCGUUAGAUAAAUUAAAUGUUGUCCCUAUCGAUGUUCAUAUGCAUCGUGUUGCACGUGAGAAAGGAAUUCCUGAAGCAUCCUGUAAAAAUAUGACUACAAAAUCAUAUGACAUUAUCUCAAAAUCUCUUAGUGAUUUUUGGGGGAAUUAUUCUGGAUGGGCACAAACGAUUCUUUUCUAUACUCGUAUGAUGGAAUCGAAACCUAAUAAAAAACUAAAGCAACAAAUCAGUCGUGUUGAUAUCAACAUUUAGAUUGUUAAACAGUAGAGUGAAAUUAAAUGAAUUUUGAUUUAUUGUUCACCACCUCAGUUACUACUGAACAUUUAAAUUUGAAUAUUAUUUAAACUACUUUGUCUUGGAAACUUUAUUUAUGGAUACUGGAUUCUGACAAAUAAAAUUAUACCUUGAAGUGAAUAAUAAUUUUUAAAUUCAUUAUUGUUUGCGUGACACACAAACUUCAAAUAGUUUACUAAUCAUUUUUCCAUCUUCCUCUGUGUGAUUUAUAUAUAAUUUACAUUUUAAUUCAUUUCGGGUAGUUAACCUAGAUUUUGAGUGGUUUAUUCAUGGUGCAUUAGGUUGGUUCUGGAUAGUGAUAUAAAUUUAUUGCGAAGAUAAUAGUAAUGUUAACGAUCUUUUCCAUUUCUUUACUUGCUUAUUUCUACUUGUCCCACCGAUUUUCCAGUCUUACUGUCGAUGGAUAUUGGUUCGUGCAUACGUACAUGGUUAUGCCUUGGGCUUUCAUUUCAUCUGUUCACUUAUUUGGUGGGGAGGGGGUUUGUGCCAGUCUAUACAAUGUUUAGAAGUGUGAAGAAUUUAAAGUGCAAUCGUGCUAUCACGUUUUCCUAAGUAGUUGCGUUGUCUGACGGCUGCAAUGUAAUCUUCAGGCAGAAUAGCCCUCUGCCAGUACAUCAUAUGUUAACGCUUUCUAGAGUUAACCCAUCCUGAUUGUUGUGGUGUAGAUUCUUCUUACCUGGAGAUUUGUUUACAUUCAACGAAUUAUUGAAUCGAUAAGACUUAGUUCCGAUUUAUCCGUAUUAGGAAAUUUCAUACUAAUUCUCACGUUUAAUACUAAAAAAAUGUAAACCAUUUCUAUUGCCACUGUUACUCUUUUAGUUGGUUCUCAAUGGCGACUUUUGAAGGUUUCUGUCUCCAGGUUGGUGAAAGUCGCACUUUCUCUGAAGCAACAUUAGCUUCGUAUUUAGUGGACUCUCUCCAAAUUAUUGUCCAGCAUUCGAAAUUGGUCGACCAAAAUCCAUAAAGCAAAUGCUUUUUGUGAGAUGUGUUCGACCUAUCAAAAGUAGGUUUCGUAUAUGAUGGAGCUAAAACUGUGACAGUGAUAUUUGAGAAGUUCGAGAGAAUAGGUUGGUUAU